CGUCUGUCGCCAUUUUGGAUCGGAAACGAGGCUGCGGGGGCCAAUGGAGAACAGCAGCAGCAGCAGCGUUUGCUCGCAGGCUCCCUCGGACACACCAUGCAAUUGUGGUGUGCACUCUGGGCCGGAGAUGCAGGUGUCUGCCGGAUCCUCCCCCACCAGAAGAAAGAAGAGAAAGCUGAGCAGCUUGCAGCUCACACCAGAUGACUUUGCAGAAGCUGCCCCAUGCCUUGGUGACCUGGCUGAGGGGACAAACAGUGGCAGCCAGCCUCUCCACCACCCCAGCCAAUUGGAGCAGACAGCAAUCCAUGAUCAUGCCCUGUACUGCAUCCCUGAGGAAGCAGCAGCUCUGAAGAACCUGGUGAGGGAACUGAAGGACACUGUGUCCCACCAGAGCGAGCUCCUCCUCAGCCUGCAGAAGACUAUAGAGGACCAGGAAAACCAGUAUCAGGAACUUCAGGAAAAAGCAGAAGCCGAGAAACAGCAUGUUCUCUCUGACCUUGGAGCAGAUGUUUCUCAACUCAAGGCCGAGAACCAAAACCUGUGCUGCCAGCAGGACCAGCUGGAGUCCUGGGGGCAAUGCUUGCAGAAGCACGAUGCCCACAGAACCACCAUCCUCUCACUGGGCAAGCAACUGAGGGGGCAGCUUGAGGCCCGAGCACAACAUGGGGUCUUCUCCCUUGAGUGUGUCAAGACUCACCGCAAGUGGUUGAGGUUCUACACAGGCUUUGAUGGGUACCCUCGCCUCAAGGCCUUCUUGGAGUUCCUCCAGGAGGGGGAGUGUCUGGAGAAUGGUCCUCCCUGUGCCCUCAGCCCUGAGAACCAGCUCUUCUUGGUGCUUGUCCGGUUGCGCUUGGGGCUCCUUCUUCAAGACCUGGCUUUUCGUUUCCGUAUCUCUGAAUCCACAGCCUCCCGCUACUGGCUGAGCUGGAUGGAGCUCAUGGAGAGGAGACUGCGACAGGUUCCAGUUGCCUGCAGCCAGCGCUACAUAGAUGCCUUCAAGCCACAACACCAACUUCAACAUCACGACAUGGUGCUGGUGGCUCUGGACUGCGCAGAGCUUUUUUUCGAAGCCCAAGGAAAGACACGAAGCAAAGGAGAUGGCGGCUGCCGAAGUCCUCGGGCCCACUAUUCCACCCAUGGGUACGCUCUGGCCGCACCCAGCGGCUUCCUCACGUUCAGUGCGGGAACCGGCCGUGAGUUGCCCACACUGCCUCCGUUCCUGCAGGUAGGACACAUGGAGCUGACAGCUCAGCAAGAGACUGCCAAGAGGAAAGUGCUGAGCUUACGCAGCAUGACAGACAAGGCUUUCAGCUUCCGCUUCCUGCGGCUGGUUCACCCUCAGAAUAUGGAAAACCAAGUGAGCCGGGCCUGGGUCGUUUCCUGCUACCUGGCCUGUCUGCUGCAUGAACCUAUGGGUCUAACCUAGAGCAAGGACUCCAGCAUCUCCAGGACUUUGUUUCAAAACCCAUGCUGCUUUCAGCACAGCCUUUGGGUCACAGGGACUGCUCGGGUAAGAUGGAAUUCCUGCUUGGAGCCACCACUUUUCUGCUCUCCUCGAUCACGGGUAACAAAACAAGCACGGCAGAAUUCACGCAUUACCUGCACCGCCCAGCACCUACUUUUAUUUCAGAAGCUUUCCCAAACUGCUUUCCUAAGUCUACAAUUAAGUGUUAGCGUUGUCAUGCUUUCCAGUUUCCUUCCUAGAAAUUUUCAGAGACCUGGUUUGUUUUUCUUUUCUUUCUUUGGUCCCUUUGAGUCAGAGCUGACUACUGGGAAUUGCCUGGACAAAUCCCUGAAGUUUUCUUUGCAACAUGUUCAGAAGUAGUUUGCCACUGUGUUCUUCUUCCUAGGGCUGAGAGAGAAGGGCUGGACCCAGGUCGCCCAACCCAGCUAGCUUCCUACCCAAGGCAGGACUAGAGCUCAGUCUCUUGUUUCUAGCCUGGUGCCUUAACCUUUACACCAAAUUGGUUUGCAGGAUCUUUUUAUCACCCUGUCCUUUCUAAAGUAAACAGUUCUAGCUCCCAGGUUCAAGCUUGGCAAAUUUCAUUCCUUUUUCCUCAGCCUGUUCUCUCACACUGAAUUUCAGGUACUCCCUCUGUGCAAUUCUAGGUCCCCAAUGGUUAGCGAGUUAGUGUUUAAAAACUAGGUUGACAUUCUAACUGUUUCUAAACUUUUUUAAAAAGAUCUUCCAAGGCAGUCUCUACGCUCUGAAAUUUACUGCAAUUUCAGACCAUUUUUCAAACCACCCAAGUGCCACUUUAAUCAUGUUUCCAUCUGGUCCUUAACCAUGCAUCUGAACUAGCCAACAUUUCUACCAAGCUUUUUACGAAGUUAUGUUAGGUACUAGUUGCAGGAGGUAAAAAUUUCUUGGGAGAAGAAUGAAUUUUAGAGCAACGGCUCAGAUUCUGUUGUGGCUCAACCAAGCUUUGCACACUGGGCUCUGAGCAAACAAGCAGACACCGCCGGAGUACUAAUUUGAGGGAUAAAAGCUUUAAUCCUUAUA